UCUGAGCUGCAAAAGCGGAUACAGAGUUGUAACUGCAUUGAGUCAACAACAGAAAAUAGAUCUCUUAGUCAUGUAAAGAUGACACCCACAGCCAAUCUCCGAAUCCUCACUGUCUCCCUGCUCUCCCUCCUAACUGCCCAGUUUACUACCAUUGUGGAGACCUCUCCUCCCGCCCCUCCUCAGCUCACAAACCGUCCAGGGAGGUCAUUCACUGAAGAGCCCAUGUCAGCCCCCAACCCCACACUCAUGCCCCUCCUUCAGCCCAAAAUCCAGCCAGCUGCUCUCCAAAGUAGGAACAAAGGCCCAGAGAAACUCCCAGAAACUGUAGAGGGUGUUCUGGAGGCACCUCCAAGACCUCUGCCCCAAAUCAUGUUCCUCAAAAAUGUCACAUCAUCAGAUGCCUUUGCACCUCCCCUAGGUGCAGUCCAAGCUGUGCCUGCAACGCCACGUCUUCUGAUAGAUGUGGAUGUAUGUCGUGGUUACUAUGACGUCAUGGGACAUUUUGACAGUGCUUUCAAUUGCUCCAAGGACACCUUCAUCUACUGCUGUGGGACAUGCCACUACCGUUUCUGCUGCCCAGAACGGAGCAGGCAGCUGAACCAAGACAGCUGUAAGAACUACGACUCUCCAGACUGGGCCAAGUCACAGACGGAACUCAUGAUUUUACCGGAUGAUAUGGGUAACGAACCAGAGUCUGAUCCCCUCAGGCAGCAGAGUCACAACACAGGCUUCGUUAUUGGUGGUGUCGUCGUGUUCAUGGUGGUUGUAGCUGUGGGCAUCAAGGUGGUGUUCAACAAGGUGCAACAUGAAGCCAACCAGAGAGAUCUCAACAUGCCCAGAGCCCUCGUCGACAUGUUGCGGCAUCAAUCAAACCCAGUCCAGCAGGAUGAGAGGAACAACAGCGUCGCUAUGACUGUAGGAGAUGGAACAGGAACACUGGGGAGAGCUCCGAAAAACCUUUACGCUCCAGGACUACCAAGCAAAGACAACAGAUUGGGCAAUUUGCAACACAAUUUCAUCCACUCAUCAGGUUCCAGCCCCAAACACACUGCAACUAUUGAACGCACCCCUCGAAUGAACAAUGCUCAGCUGGUGACUGGAGGCACUUUGCUCUCCAGCAAGCACAACAACACUAAAUCUCAGCCCUCGUUCCAUCAUUCCCUGCACAACCUGGCCCAGCUGCCCCCCUCCUAUGAGAGCGCCACCAAGCCUGAGCUGAACAGAUACUCCUCGCUCAAACGUCUCGAAAAAGGUCUGGAUGAGUACUCAUCUGGUUACUGUACCACAAAGCGCCGGCCUCACACAGCCCAGCCAGCCCUGCAGUCCUCUCAGCACCACCUCCACUGGGGAGGGGACUACACCCUUAGUGGUAGAGGAACGCUCCCCAGGCAUGCAGCACGUCCCUGGAUCCCACCACCACCUACUGCCAUGCCGGCCUCGCCCACACCCAACCCUUACCCUUUGGAUCCUCCUGAACCCCAGUACAAUCCCAACUACGACACUCUCUCCAAGCCACCAAGGAAGGUCAAGUCUACAGAUCAGCUGCUCAACAUGGGUGAUGUCCCUGGAAACACAGGGACCCUGUCCCGUCUGUCUAAGAACCAACAGCAUCAGUAUUAUAAAGCAAUGGCAGCCUCCAAUAAGAACUCAAACACGCAGACCCUCACCCGAAAGUCUCAAGAGAGGCAGGAGAGACAGGAACGCCUGCUUAUGUCCCCAGACCAUUUGGAAGAGAGGAUGGGUGUCAGCGGCAUAGGGGUUGUUGAUCCAUACGCCCCCCACACGGGAGGGAUGGUCCCCACGCUGCCUCGGCAGCAGAAGGCUCAAUCCCAGCAGAACGUCUGCGCCACGCCCUCCCUCGACCGACACCACAUGAUAAAAAUGAACUCUCAUCCCACAUCUGGAAGAGAGCAGGAGAGGAACACAGCCAUGACAGGACACAUGGGCGGUGGCAUGGGUUGGGCUGGGGAGAUGCCUGGGGCUGGGGUAGUAAUGGGAACAGGAACACUAGGGGGUCACAGCGCUAGGAGGAUGGCUUUUGCAGCGAAAAGGCAGAACACCAUUGAGCAGCUACAUUUCAUACCAGGAGGGGGCGGUGGGGGCUCAGGAGGAGGUGGCAGGGGAGACCAGGGGAUCAGGACAGGGAGCAAAAAUGAGGUGACAGUGUGAGAUUUUGUGCCUAAUAUGGAACUUUGUCAAAGGUUUUGGAAUAGAUCACUCUUCUGCAUUUAUCUAUUAGAUUAACUACAAAUAAUAUAAUGCAUAGAAUUAAAUCUUAAAGUAUAGUAAAAUGUGUUUAGGCUAAACAAAUUCGUGUUAUAUUGUAAUUAGUUUAAUUAUGAGAAUUAAAAUAUUAAAUUAUAAAUCUCAGUGGAGAACAUCUGUUCCAAUUAUGUGAUAGUUUACAUCAGCUAUAUUUUGUAAGAAUUUGCCAUAUUGCCAUAUACAGUGGUGCCAUUAUUUGUAAAAAGACUGACAAGAAUGGUGAAACGACCAACAAAGACGUCAUUCAUAAUUUUUUUUUUUGUUUUAUUUUUCAAAAAGUACUCAGGAGCCAUAUUAGACAGGGAACCAGAUGAUUUUUUUUAAUAAAAAAAAAAAGAGUGGACGAGUGCCAUAAAGCAGAGGACUGUGCGGGGUAUUGGAUCGCCAAUUUUGGACAAAGGAGCCAACUACAUACUGGAUUGUUGCUUAAACCUGUCCAACAACAAUUUGUUAAACCGAAUUUUGUGGAUGAACUGUGCAAUGGACUCGGCUGAAUGAGUCACGUGAGUGGUGAAGGAUUUUGGACAUCUGACAUUCUGCUUCUGGACCAUCCUCAUCCGGACCCGCUGAGACAGAACUGAGUUUUGUUGCUUCUGAUACAAAUGAGUGGAAAAAGGGGCUGUUUUUGGAGUUUGAACUCCUCUGACAGGAACCAUGCAGCCUUGCCCCGUAAAUAUCCUGCACCUGAUUCAAACUGUGCCUGGGUUGCCUACUUUCCCAUGUGACCUUAGAUGAAGUCAGCAGAGGGCAGAAUGCUCAUACUCUAAACACUGUUACACCGAGGAAGUGUAAUGUUUGAUUACUCUGUGGGUGAGCGUUCCCUCGUCUUUUAGAUCAGGACUGACUUGUAAAAACAAUGGGCUACCAAAUAAUACAGAGCCAUCGAUGUUAUUAGAAACAAAAGUAGACAUAUAAUAGAGAAAAGAUACGUUAGCACACUAAUGUAAUGGAAACUUGCGUUAGAUUGUGCAAGAAGAGCAUAGUUUUGAUGUUAUUUUAUUUUUACAGGACACAGCUGAAUACAGCGUGACGCAGAGGUUGCACUUACACAACUGUCCUUCAAAGCCAUUUUACGGAGAUACAAAGAAAAUAUCACGGAGAAAGCUGACUUGACAAUCACCUUUUUAUUAUAAUUGCCGGGUGACGAAGUGUGCAAGUCAGUGAUAUUUGUACAGUUAAAGAACAGGCUUCAAGUUUUUAGGCAGAAACCUCUAAGUCAGGCUGCGGGGGCGACCAGAGGCCUUCACCUGCAUGACUCCAUGUGCUGUAAGAGACUCGGAUGGUUAGGAAGCCCUUCCCAUCCUCAAAUGAUGACCUUGCUGUAUCAUAACGCAAUUCAGACAGUAUGGGUUAAAAAAGAAAAUGAAAAAGACUAAAAAAACCAACAUCAAUAACAAUGCUUAUCAAUACCAAGGGCUAUCCUAUCCUAUAUACUGUAAAAUGUGAUAUCUGUGGUCCAUAUACAAUGCUAUCUCUUUCUCUUGAUUUUGUGUUGAUAUUGUCAUGACGUAUUAAGUAUUAAUGUGUUAAAAAAAAAAAAAAAAAAAAAGAGCAAAUUAAGCACACUUCAAAGGAGACACAAACUUUUGCACAAAUCUACAGCUCCCCCCCACCCACACACACAGUAUUUGCAGGAGGUACAAACACACUUCCUAUUAUGUCCUCAUAGUUUACAUUCUCAAAAAGCAUGGCUGAAGGUGCAACAGCUCAAAGGGAAUCCAACUGUAUUGAAAAUGGAUUUGUUUAUUUUAAUUGGAAAAAUAUAUAUUUAUGUCAAGACACUGACACAGAUGGAGUGCUGAAAAACAAAAAUGUGGAUUUCAUUUGGACAAUCUUCCUAUACACCGUGCUAAAUGUAGUCGUUCUCAAUAUGAUGGAGUGUUAAUAUUAAUACUUAUUAUAACUGUUAUGGUUAUUAUUAACGAUUAUCUUAUGAUGUGAUGUUCUUUUACUUGGUGGGAUUUAAAUGUUUAUUGUUUUUUUUAGAUAAUUAGCAUUCUCAUGACUGGUUGUUUUUUCACACAUCUGGUCAUAAUGUCGACUUUAAAAGAAAAGAAAAAGGAAACAACAACAACAUUCCGACUCUUAAUGCAUGCCAGCUCCAUUUCACUGAGAGGCGUUUACAGUAUACCUGGAUUCCACGUCAUUCAUGAUGUUGGCCAAUUUCCCAGCUGUAUGUACUGUGCCUAGACAUUGGUCUUAUGACUUUUUGAUCUGAGUGAUUAUUGAGGAACAAAAAAGUCACCUGAAGAAAAAAAAAAAGAUUCUGCAGCCUUAUAACCAUGUGUGUAGACAGCAGUCUUUGAGGAAUAGUUUGUGUGGAAGAUGGGCCAGACGUUAUUAACACCAUCAGACUAGAGACAGUCUGUUGUCUCCACUGCAGCAGCCUGACCCCAAAAUCCUAUGGGUUGUACACACUACCCAUGAUGCCAUAGUGUAUGUAUGUUUGGAUGAAUGUUUUUUACACAAGUUGGAGAAACAGAGGUCUGGUGGACACCUGAAUGCUUUGAGUACAGUGUCUUUUUCAGGGAAUUAGGACAGGUGACAUACUUUUACGUAUUAGACUUUUUAUAAUAGAGCCACAAAAGGUCUGUAGCAAAGUCUGUAAUAUCUCACAAGCCAUAUCCAUUGAAACUCAUCUAUCACAGUUUUAUAAAUGGUUUAUCUAAUUUGUGCAAGUAUUGUAUUUUGUAUAGCUAGUACAAUCAGAAUAUUUUGAGUGAUCUCUUCUGCAUUGAUUUAAGGAUUCAACAAAUUAUGUGUUAGUAUUUGAUGAACUGUACAGUGCCGAUCUCAUGACAUUUUGCCACCUUUCUAUAACGUCACAGUCAUUGACAUGGCUGCAAGGGUAUUUCUUUUUCAUAACUGAGAAGAUAAUACAUGAGAAUGAAAUGCUAAACACAGGAUUUGUGGAGAGAAAUGAAUGAAUAUGGUGCAUGUUUUUACCAUUAUGAAUUCAUUCAGAUUGUGGAUGGUUAUAGGCCACUUGAGAUAGAUAUAUAUAUAUAUAUAUAUAUAUAUAUAUAUAUAUAUAUGGAUGCAUGCACACAAUGUGCAGUAUUGGAGUUCAUGGAUGUAUUUUCAUGCCUAGAAAAUGAAAAGCAACUCUUUUGUUAUUGUUGAGUGCAUUGCUGCCCUUGGGCACAGCAUUAAAUUACAAAGAAUUUGCACAAUAAAGUUGGUGGGGAAAA